AUGCGACGCGAUUUCACUUGGACAUUUACCGUGGCCAACGUGAAGGUACCCAUCCUCGGCGCGGAUUUCCUGGCGCAUUACGCACUGGCGGUCCAUAUGAACCCUAGGACUCUGUCCGAUACGACGACGAAUCUCCGUGUCUUAGGUACCCCUACACGUCAAGGCUCCACAGGAAUCAGCGUCGCAACAUGCCAUGGUCGCGAGUACUUAGAUCUCCUGACGCAGUUCACGGAUAUAACGCUGCCACUCCAAACGUUUUCAAAACCAACAUCUCCUUUCGUCGAGGAACUCCGCCACAAAAUGGCCCGGCUUAAAUAUGCAACUCCACGACAGCAACCGGUGAAUUCGUACAUCCCUCAACACUUGCGAGAUUGCAAAUUCGUUUUCGUACGGAACGACGCCGUGAGACGACCACUCACGCCGGCAUACCAAGGUCCUUUUCAGGUUCUUCGACGCACCGACAAGCACCUUACGAUCAAGCGCGCCAACUCGACCGACACCAUCGCAAUCGAUCGGACCAAGCCUGCUUUUCUGGAGAAGCGACAGUAUGACGCAAACCCGGCUCUGCGGCCCCUAAUGCUAUUCCAGCGCACCCAUCAGACGCAGCACCGCAGACAUCAAACGACACCCCAGCGACUCCUGUGCGGCAGACCCGAUCCGCUGGGAAUUACUAUCUUUCUUUUGUCUCCACCCUUUCGAGAACUGCCCAUCUUGCGCCUCUGUCCCUUCGAUUUCUUUGUAGCCGAUAACUGUCCGUUUGGCCCCCCUCUCACGCCCUUUCGCUGCCUGGAAUGUCUCUUCUCUUCUUAUCGUAACCUCUCUUUGUCAUCCUUUUAUUAUUGUAACCCUCCAACCUUGCACAUCGUUCUCAAAUAUCGUGUACCCUUUUAA